AUGCAACCAAAUAUAGAAACACUCUACCACGUUCCAAAACUUAAACUAUUAGAUACCGAGAAAGACAACAAAGCAAUAAGAUUUCGAAAGAUUAUAAACAAUCACUAUUCUAAAGAAAAGGCAGAAAUUAGUGUAACUAAUAAAAAAAAUCUUGAUAAGGGUAAGAAUACUGACAGCAAUUUUAAUAAUUAUGCUGUGGGCCACUGUGAUAAAAAUAGAGGGGAUCAAAAUCUUGAGACAGAAAGUUCAAAAUCCAUAUUGCGAGACAAAUUCUUGCCCCGCUUGUCUAAUAUUUUUAGGCGAUCGAACAAUCAAAUAAAGCAAAUACCAAGUAUAGAAGAAAAACACCAGAGAGUUAAGGAAACAUUGUGUGAACAUUAUCCAGAUUAUCGAAAAAUAAAUACAGUUCAUCAACCUGUGUAUGCUGUACAAGGAAAAGUUUUAAGAACGCCAUUUAUACAAAAAAAAUAUCAGGAUGCAUCACUUCAGCAUCAAUACAUAGGAACAAGAGACCAAUCGUCUUGUACACCCUCUUCUUUGACAUCAUCACUUGGAUCUAUAGAUCCAACACCCAAUCUCAAUAAACGAACUAAAAUAUGUCUUAAACGAGACCAAGAAAAGAAUUUUGAUAUAUUCUGUAACCAACAUGUAUGCUCGGAUUUAUCAGAUUUAAAGCAAAACAAAAAUCUGCAGUAUCCGUCAAAGUAUACGAAUACGAAAAAAGAGUUUUUAUUAAAUUCAAGCUGUCAAGCAAAUUGUGCAUCUGUCCAGUCGGACAGAGCGAAUAUAGAUCAAUCAUCAUCAUCUAGUUUCUGGAAUUUUAUAGCUGAUAAAUUAAAAGCUAGAAACAAAAAUAAUGUGGAUGACUGUGCCUGUGAAGCUAUACCAGAACCAGAAUUAAAAGCAAAGUCAGAUAUAAACUGCAGUCCAUCUAACUGUGAUAGGUUAAGGGGAGAAAAGGUUACUGGUGCUAAUAGAGGUCUUCCGCCACUACAACCCAAUGAACUAUUACCUAACAAGACACUAUCGCAAAAUCUAAAACCAGAAUCAAAACCGAAAAUGAAGUUUUCAAAGAGUCCCACAGCAUUGCCUCCGCUUCAGAAAAACAAAGUACCACACGAAUGCAAAUGCUCCGCAAAACAUAUACAAAACACUGACACUUUAGCACAAAAAUCCAAUGAGACGUGUCAGAAGCCGCACGAUGAGGUCACUCAGAGUCUUGCUGAUAAAUAUAAUGGACAAAUCCUUUGCAUCCAUAAUCCUCCUUGUAUACUCAUCAACGGUUGCCUUAAUCUACCUCCACCUAAACAGACUGGACUCGCGAACGUUUGGCACAUGACCCAAACUGAAAAAUCAUCAGGAACCCGCCACAACUUGACGAACCAGAUUUUUGAACAAGCGUGCCAGUAUGAAUCACCGUUCGCUUCCCAGGAAUGUGUACCAGAAUAUCAAACGGAGAAGAUAAUUCAGAGUAUCUGUAAUCACAAACCUCCUUGUGAAGUAGUCCACUGUUGCUAUAAGCCCAAAUUCGAUCCAAAGCUUAAGGAUUCGUGUGUUCACGUACCUAUGUGUCAAAGGCUGCCUGAAUGUUUGAUAAAAGUUGAUUCUAUCGAUCGUCAGACUCAAUGUUCACACCGUCCGAAAUGUGAGGAACUUCCAUUGUGUUCCAAGAAGCUAGUGCUAACAGCCAAGCAAGAUAUGAGUACGCAAGUGAAGCCAAGAACACGUAUGGUGUGUCGUCAUGAGCCACCGUGUCUGAUGAUUCCUAAAUGUAUAGCUCGUGUGAUUUGCAAUGAAGUUGUACCAUAUGACGCUAUUCCUGGUUGCGUCCACAAGCCAUCCUGUGAACUGAUUCCGGCGUGUUGUAGGAAGGUCACCAAAGAAAUGGUUUCUAUUUCAUCUCAAUAUCCAAAAACUUCAUGUCGUAUAGUUUAA